AUGGAUGUUUUGGAUCGAGUUAUCAUAAAUUGGCGAACAAUUCUUCGACUUUUGAUUAAACAAAUGAAGGUCAGACACUUUACAGAAAUAGGGGAGGAAGUAUGUGGGAAAAUAUGAAUAUUUGAUGAAGUGUGGAAAGUUUUUGUUUUUAGGGAAGAAAUUAGAGACGACGUGAUAUUUUGAGAAGGAGGAAAUAUUUGAAUACAAGGAAAUAAAAACAACAAAAAUGCUAAUUUUUCCGAAAGUUCAAGAAUUUUGGAGACUAGACUAGAGUUUGUUGGAACUUGAUCAAAUUUGACGGGAAAAAUUUGGGGCUUCAAAGAAUUUGGAAACUUAGCCAUCCCGUGGCAAACAUUUAGCAAAAGUUUCUUUUGAAAAUCGAUUUUCGGAAAAAACUUAAUUUCGAACACCAUUUAAGAUGUGAUCAUAGAGUUUGCCACGUCAUAUUUUUCUAGUUCCCAAGAAUUCUCCCACAUAGUUUGGUUUCAGAAGACAACUUUAUAAAUUCACAAGUUCCAAAAAAUCCCAAACUUCCGAUUUGCCGAUUUUUCCAAUAAAAAUUGCUGAAAAAAUGCCGCUUUUUUGAACAAGGAAAAUACUUGAACACUUUUCAAAAAUUUUCAAGAGGCUUACAAGAUUUUAGGCAGAAAAAAGUUGCCAAUGCAUUUUUUGCUCAACUUCAAAAAUCUGUGGGAAACGCCACGUCAUAACUUUUUUUUAGAUCAUAUCAGGAAAGAUUUACGAUUUGCAGAUUUCAUAAAACUUUUUUAAAGGUUCAAAAUCUAGACCAAAGAAUAUGUUCGAAAAAAAAUACUUGAAAAAUGUUUUCAAGGAGCUUUCAUGAAUUUUACAGAACUUUCUGCCACGUCAUAACUUUGUUCUUAUUUCCCCACAUGCUUUCAGAACCAAAUUUCUCACGUUCAAAGUUCUAAUUUGCAAUUUUUAUUUCUCAAUAAAAAUAUGUGUGAAAAUAUAAAAUAUUUUCUUCAAGAUUCCCCGAACGAAUUAAAAAUCUCGACAAUUUUCCAGCGCGGUUUCAACACGGACAUCAAAAAUCGCGCGGCAAGUCGUGAUAUCAAUGAUGAACAACUGAAUAAAGCAUCAACAAGCAGUUCGCCAGUCAGUGAUGAUUCGAAUAUUUUAGCAGUUCCGAUUAAUGGAAAUAAUAAUAUGUCACAAUCAUUGACACUUCCAGUUAUUAAUGUUAAUUAUCGAAAAAUGAGCGAUUCGAGAUGUGAGUUUGAACUUUGAAGAACUGAAAAGCCGCGCUUUGAGAGAUUCUUAGUUCUCAAAUAACCCAACCUACAGUAUUCUAGAAGUUUCUUCAAAAUCAAUUAAAUUUGCUACAGUAUUCCCGAAAUUUAACCGAGGCCAGAAAAAUGCUCAUCUAAUAAUAGACUUAAAUUUUAUCGCAUUUUUUCGGAAUUUGAUAAAAAAAUACUGAUCAAAUUUCAUUCUUUCUUGAAAAUGUAAUUGAAAAUUUGAAAUCUAUUUUUCCUGGAUUUAUUCAAAAAUAAACAACGUUCAAUAUUUUAAUGCUCUCAAAUUCUUAACUUUUAUGAAAAUUCAAAAUCUUUAUUUCAGCAACUCCUGGAGAUGAUCGACAAACUACUGCUCAAUCAACCGGAUUUUUGAGGCCAUUGAAAGAAUUCGCAAGAAAAAAGUUUAUCAAUCAUUGGUAA